GGAGCAGGAGCAGGGCACAGCAGCUGAUUCAGUUUCACAGCCGCAGGAGCUACUACUGUCACUCAAGUCAACAGAGUUGUAGACAGAAGACAAUGUCGAUGAGGGAUGAAUCACCGAAACCUUUGCUCCCAGCUCACGUCUUAUGAAGACCUGCCAAACAGUACACCAACAACAACAAGUUGACUUUGGAAUAGUCUCCACUCAAGACAGGACACUUGAAUCCUGUAACUGCAUUAACUAAAGUCGCCCUUGUGUGAAUACCUAUUUUUGUUGUUGCUGCUUAAACUUGCCAGUUAUUCCUACCUUGUGGAUUUGUUGUUUACUGCCACCAGUUUCUCACUAUGGAUUCUCAAAGACUUGCCCAUUUAUUGGAUCCAAAGUGUGGACACAGACACCAGCACCUUGGAUUAGACACGUGGAUGGAGCAUCCAACCUGGACAAUAGUUUGACUCUGCCUAAUAUAGCUCCACCUUUUCUCUGUUUCUCUUUCCCUCACUGGAUCAUUGGUGAAGAUACCAGCAGUUGAUAUGGACGGAAGGAUGAACAGUUGGUUACAGUUCACAGCUUGGAUGAUAAUUUUUUGGACAUCUUUCUCUCUCCUUUUAUCCAUGGCACGAUAAGAGUUGUUAUCACCUGAAAGAUGGGAAAGAGACAUUGCAACAGUUGUACUUGUUGCUUAUUUUCUGAAAUCAUGGAAAUAUCCAUCACCUGAUUGCACAACAUAAGUUUUUCAGUUUCAUCACACUUUGGAUAUUUUUGCUGCUUGCUUGGAUUUAUGUUCAUAUAUUUACAGAUAAACUGCAGAAUCUGUUAGUGCUCUCCCACAGGCCCUAACGUAGGCCUGUUUGGCCUUACAGAGGGGCCUCUUUAAGGGGCAUAAGAGAGGUAUAUAAGACAUUCAGAAUCCUAAAGCUUUUAUAUUUAAUAUCCUUUUGGACUAAGAGAACAAACAGGAACAGAGAAGCGAAGCCACCUUGACAGUUCAUAGUAUUGUGGCGGCAUGGCAGCAGAGCACAGCGAGCUGCUGGCUGAGAUGGCCACGGUCGGCCGUCUGAGUGCCACUGAACGACUGAAGCACGCCCAGAAGCGGCGCGCCCAGCAGCUAAAGGCUUGGGCGCAGAUGGAGAAGGAUGCAGCACGAGGGUCAAGGGCCAAAGCUGAUAAGAAGAAGGCACGCACCACCAAAGUUUCAUUUCCUAAAGCCAUCACCCUGCUAGAUGCAGCAGCACGCAAUGACCUGGAGGAAGUGAGGGAGCUGCUUAACAAUGGUGUUAGUCCAGAUCUGGUCAAUGAGGAUGGACUGACAGCUCUACAUCAGUGCUGCAUUGAUGACUUUGUGGAGAUUGUGCAGUGCCUGCUGGACGCCGGUGCCUGUGUGAAUGCCUGUGACAGUGAGCUGUGGACACCGCUGCAUGCUGCUGCCACCUGUGGACACACUGGAUUGGUGCAGCUCCUGAUUCAGGCUGGGGCGGACCUGCUGGCUGUAAAUGCGGAUGGCAACAUGCCCUAUGACCUCUGUGAGGAUGAGGCCACCCUUGAGCUGCUGGAGAUGGUUAUGGCUGAGCAGGGGAUAACUCAGGACCGGAUAGAUGAAUGUCGAGGAGCCAAAGAGAUGGCCAUGCUGGCUGACAUUCGGGCUCUGGUUCAAAGCGGAGCAGACUUGAACGCACAGGACGCUAAUGGCACAACUCUGCUCCAUAUAGCGUCUGCUAACGGCUAUGUGUCCGUGGCAGAACUGUUGCUUGAGCACAGAGCUCAGGUGGAGGUGAAGGACUCUGAUGGCUGGACGCCACUACACGCUGCCUCCUGCUGGGGACAAAUACAAAUGGUGGAACUGUUGGUGGCCCAUGGAGCCAGUUUAAACACCAAGUCUGUCCUGGAGGAGACACCUCUGGACGUGUGUAUGGAUGAAGAGGUCAGAGCCAAACUGAUGGACCUGAAGCACAAACAUGAUGCCAUCAUGAAGAGCCAGGACCGGCAGAAGGGCACGCUGCAAAGACGAGCCUCUAGUACUGGCAGCAGAGGUAAGGUGGUACGUCGUGUCAGUGUGAAUGAGCGCUCUAGCCUGUACCGGAGGGAGCACCACAAAGAGGCCAUGGUGUGGCAGGAGCGCGGCCGACAGCCAGAGCCACAGGACGACGACGAGGACAGACAAACAGACAAUGAGCUGCACCAGCAUGCCACCAUGGUUGCCGGUGGUGGAGCCACGUCACGUUUAGAGGAACUGGAGGCUGCAGACAGGAAAAUUAUGUCCAGCCUUGGUAACGGAGGGACCUCUCCCUCUCUGGCCUCUUCUGUACCUGGAGAGCUGUGGAGUGGUGGAGGUCUCAUGGAGCGCAGCGCCUCCUACCAGCUCAGCCCUGCGUCAGGAGCCGGAUUAGGGUGUGGGUCUGCAGAGGGAGAGGGGGCCGACAGUAUGACUCGGGAGAAAUCACACCACACCCUGGCUGACCUGAAACGCCAGCGGGCAGCUGCCAAGCUCAACAAGUACCCAGCACCUCCACCACCGCUGGCCCCUUCCUUAGAGGAGGAGCCAUCUGCUGCAGUGGUCGAGGUGACACCCACCCAGGCGCAGCCAGAGCUCCAAGUGUCCCCCAAUGCAGAGGAGGCAGCCUCCCCAAGCCAAGUGUACUUCACCCCAGCCAGUGGAGACCCUCCGCUGCUGAAACUCAGAGCACCUGAGGAGGACCAGUCUAACAAUAAGGAGCCUUGCUGUGGACUAAUGUAGACUAAAACACACAACACACUCACACUCACACAUACACACACUGCCUACUGAGUAAAGAAGUUGAGCAGUUUACACUCCAAAGUGGCAAAGUCCUGUUAAAACAGACAAGCUUGAAAUGAAUUAUUGAAGAAUGUAAGUUAAGGCCACCUGCCAACGAGGGUUUGAUCGGUGCUGCAUUUUACUGAACUGAAGUGCAAUCUUUGUGCUUAUUUCCCCUUUGAUUGUCUUUUUUCAAUAUAUCCAACAGACACUUUACACUAAAGGUCAUCAUAGCUCCCUCGUAUUUAGCGACUGCAUGACCUGUUGGAUAUCAUCAGGUGUCCAUCUAGUGUCUUUGAGGAGAACUACAGAUUCCAGUUUAGCAAUCACACACACAAAGAUUUACUCCCCUCAGACUUUGUUCUUUACUUUAUUUAACUCUUGCUACACCACUCAAUUUAACUGUAGAUUCAUCUUCUUUUCAUCGAAAAGCCUUGGAAUAGUGUAAAAGUUGAGUUAUCCAGGUAAAGCUGAAUGAAAUUGAAUAGCAUUUCAAGAUGAUUUGUUUUGAAUUUAAAAUUGAGGUUGAAGUUUAUUUUACUGAGUGCUAUGAAGGUUACAUGAUCUACAUUUGCACACAUUAACAUUCUAAGCCAUUUUUGGGGUUUUUUUCCCGUUGAUUGGGAGAUUGCUUGGUCAUGAUAGUUUCAGUAUAGCUACUCUGGAUUUACAUUUACACAAAGAUGAAAAGAAGGAUGGUUUCCUCCCUUUUUUGAUUUUUUUUUUUGGACUGAAAAUGUACAGCAGAUUUCUUUUUGUUACUUUUUUCCAGCGCACAGAAAAGCCUAUAUUUCAACAUUUGUAAUGGUGCAAUUUGUAAAUUAAUUGUUUGUCUCUAAAAGAAAGUGAGAUCAUCUAUAUUUAAAUCAGUUGAUAGUUUUGUCAGCCCAUCAUUAUCGCUUCUAGAAUACUAUUUUUCUGUCAGUAUUUCUAUUUUUCUACCCUCUGAAUGGAAACUAUUUAUUCUAUCUGAUACUGGAAAUGGUUGACGGUGUACCGUUCAAUAUUUUCAGCGUGACAGCAAGAUAUUUAUCAAAGAGAUGAGAUAUAGUUUUAUUGUCAAAGCAAGUAAACUUGUCAUAUGAUCAUUUGUCAAAGGUUGGUGCCUUCUUUAGGUGGCAGGUUUGAUAUAGGUUUGCAAUGCUUGCACAAAGUCCCACAUGUACGGUUGAUGAGCAGUGGGAUGAAAUGAUCCAUCAGACAUGGACUCCAACUUGAUGUGCAGUCAGUGCACUCUAAUUUCUGAUUUGCAAUUCAGUUUUGUUAGUGAUUUUUACUGA